GUUUUUUGAAGUUGAAUAAUUAUGAUAUUAAUUUAUAAAAGAGUUUUUAGGUUAAAACUCUUUAUGAUUUUUAUGUUCAGAUUCACAUUUCUAAGAGGUACCAUUCAGGUGGAGCAUCUUAUGUAUUGAGUCGGGAAUCAUUACGACGAUUUUAUGAAGCAUAUAACGAUCCAGCAUCAAAAUGUGCUAAAGAUGGUGGUGUUGAAGAUAUUGAAAUAGCAAAAUGUCUUCGUACAAAAGGUGUUUAUCCAGGCAAGGCACUGGAUAAAGAAAAUCGUGAACUAUUUCAUCCACUUCCAUUUUCUCAUCAUUUUAUGGGUUUCUUUCCUGAUUGGCUUGUACAACGUGCUGAAAAUCCAUUACAAGCUCAUUACAAUUGUUGUAGUACUCAAACUAUAUCAUUUCAUUAUAUUUCUCCUGAAGAACAAUAUCUUAUGGAUUUCCUACUAUAUAGAGCUCGUGUUUAA